GCAAAGCACGAUAUUUCUUCAACAUAGGUUCACCUCUCCCAUCUCAUCUCACACAAGCCAGUUGCAGGUAAGAGAUCCUGCCCGGUUCCUGCUGAUAGCCAUCACCUUUCCCAUCCCACGCGACACUUAGCAAGUGCUACAGCUACAGAUUCUGCCCGGCCGGCUAGCCAGGACUCCUCUCCAUCGAUCGGUUUCUUCACCUCACACCUCUCCGCAGAGCAGAGCAGAGCCCAGGAAGAGGCAGGGGUUCGAUGAAGCGCAUAGUGGGGAGCCCAGGGACAUGGAGCGGCAUGGCGCUGCGUCUGUCGCAGUGCUUCUUCGCCGCCGCAUCUUCCCUCGCCAUGUGUUCCGCUUUCGGCUUCUCCAACUACAGCGCCUACUUCUACAUGAAUCUAGUGUUGAUCGUGCAGCUUUUGUGGAGUUUGUACUUGGCUUGUCAGGAUAUAUUUUCUCUGAGGAAUAACAGGGAUCUUCAUGCCCCUGAUUUUCUAUUGUUCUUUGUUAUCAUUGAUUGGGUCCUGGCGAUUCUCAUGUUCUCGGGAUUCUGUGCCUCUGCCAGCGUGACGAUUUUCUUCAUGAAGGAUAUGAACUUCUGCGCGGAAUACUCGCGGCUGGACUGCAUUCAGUUCACGCUUUCGGUCACCCUGGCGUUCUUUACAUGGUUGUUGCAAGCUGCGUCUUCUUUCUCCGGGUUCUGGCUGCUGGUUUCGUUCUUCUAGUCAUCUCUCUCACAUGCGCGCUCAUAAGCACCAUCACAUUGUGCUAACUGUCGGUCAGGAGGGUAAAUCAGUUGCAAUGUGCCCGGGCACGCAACAUUCGUCACUUGUUAGUACAUAGAUUGUCUGUUUGAUAGCUUAUAUUUAGUUCAGGUGAGGUGGAACAGUUACUAUUUAGAUGAUGCGGGGCCAUGCAUUAAUAGGAAGAGUAAUAUAUGGGGAUAAGUCGCGAUCGACCA